GAAGAAGAAGAAGAAGGAGAUGAAGACGACAAUACGUGUUGUUCUCGAGCGACAUUUUGCAAUCCAAUUUUGCGCGAAAUCGUUGUAACCGAUUCUAUUUCAAAAUGUUUUGACACAUUGGAAAUAACUUGGGCUAAUUUGUUCUGGUUGACAAGCAUUACAGCGAUGAUAUUGAUGACUUGGAUUACUUUAUUCUUCCUUCUCGGUGAAACAAUGUUACCUAAAGGCAAAUACUUCGGUCUCUUCGUUAUUGUUGUUUUUUCUUACUUACUUGGAUGGACCCUUGCUUAUAUUCCUUAUGCCAACCUUCCACCCGUUUUUGGUAUGCUACUAGCCGGUAUAAUCGUGAGAAACACCAAUUUCUACAACAUUAGACAGGAAUUUGGCGUCAGGACGAUCGCGAAAAUACGAACUUUUUGUUUGACCUUUAUCAUGAUUCGUGCUGGUCUUCAAUUGACCACCACGCCGAUUCGUCGACACCCCCUUUUCGUAAUGGUCCUUGCAAUCCUACCCUGUACCAUCGAGAUGCUCGUUCUCGCUAUUUGUGCCAAAUAUAUCCUUGAUUAUCCUUGGAAUUGGGCUUUUAUGACUGGUGCAAUUGUUGCCUGUAUGUCACCUGUUGUCACUGUCAAUUGUAUGCUAGCACUUGCUGAACGUGGCUUUGGUGAAGAUAAAGGAAUGGCUUCUUUAAUAAGUGCAGCUAGUUCCAUCGAUGAUGUACACAUUCUCUCACUUUUUUCUGUUUUCUAUGCCUCCGUUUUUGGUGAAAAACGUCUAACAAAAUGGUGGUCGUAUAUACCAAAUGGUCUUCGAGAUAUUAUCCUAGGUGUUUUAACAGGACUCCUUCUUGGUACUUUCUUGGCUUUCUUCCCUCAUCGUAAUCACAAAUAUGCAACAUGGUACAGAUUAUCAAACUUGGUAAUAGCUGCUUUAAUGUGUACCGCAUCGACAUCGAAACUUCCAGUUUCUGGUGGACCGUACAUUGCUAUUAUAAUAAUGUCAUUUGUUGCUAUCACGGGAUGGAGAAUACUAACAGUAUCUUAUAACACAACACCGCUUAGAAAAGCAACAUAUUUCCUUUGGCACUUUAUGCAGCCUGUUUUGGUCGGUGUUAUCGGAGCCGAUAUUGAUAUUAAGGAUUGGUCUUUAUCAAGAUUUGGUCUUUAUUGUACUUGUAUACUCAUCGGUCUAAUAACACGUUGCAUCACCGCUAUUUUAUCAACGAUCAAGACUCACUUUUCUUGGAAGGAAAAACUUUUUAUCGCUCUUGCUUGGAUACCUAAGGGUACUCUUCAGGCAGCAUUGGCACCAAUGGCUUAUCAACGAACAACAGAAGAAGAUCCAGAACACAUCGAACUAGCUCUCGACGUAGUUAGAAUUUCAAUCGUAGCUAUAAUAUUUUUAGCACCACUAGGUGCGAUUAUUAUGAUGAUAUCUGGCCCUCUUCUAUUAAACAAAAUUACCAUGGAGGAACAUGAGAGAGAACGUCGGUUGAGUUAUCUUCGUAUACGAAGCCUACAACCUGUUAGGACUCGUAAAAGAAGAAGAACCAACACAUCUGUUUAACUAAUAUUAUAUAAUAAAU